AUGGCCACGUCCACCAUGUCCCUCUGCUCCAGCGCCUGCACUGACUCCUGGCAGGUGGACGACUGCCCAGAGAGCUGCUGCGAGCCCCCCUGCUAUGCCCCCAGCUGCUGCGCCCCUGCCUCCUGCCUGACCCUGGUCUGUACCCCAGUGAGCUGUGUGUCCAGCCCCUGCUGCCAGGCGGCCUGUGAGCCCAAUCCCUGCCAAUCAGGCUGCACCAGCUCCUGCACACCCUCGUGCUGCCAGCAGUCUAGCUGCCAGCCGGCUUGCUGCACCUCCUCCCCGUGUCAGCAGGCCUACUGUGUGCCCGUCUGCUGCAAGCCCGUGUGCUGCAAGCCUGUGUGCUGUGUGCCCACCUGCUGUGGGGCUUCUUCAUGCUGCCAGCAGUCUAGCUGCCAGCCGAUCUGCUGCACCUCCUCCCCCUGCCAGCAGUCCUACUGUGUUCCCGUCUGCUGCAAGUCUGUCUGCUGCAAACCCAUCUGCUGUGUGCCUGUCUGCUCUGGCACUUCCUCUCCAUGCUGCCAGCAGUCUAGCUGCGUGAGCUGUGUGUCCAGCCCCUGCUGCCAGGCGGCCUCUGAGCCCAGCCCCUGCCAAUCAGGCUGCACCAGCUCCUGCACAUCCUCAUGCUGCCAGCAGUCUAGCUGCCAGCCGGCUUGCUGCACCUCCUCCCCCUGCCAGCAGGUCUGCUGCGUACCCGUCUGCUACAAGCCUGUGUGCUUCGUGCCUACCUGCUCUGAGCCUUCCUCUUCAUGCUGCCAGCAGUCUAGCUGCCAGCCGGCUUGCUGCACCUCCUCCCCGUGUCAGCAGUCCUCCUGUGUGCCCAUCUGCUCCAAACCUGUCUGCUGCAAAUCCCUCUGCUGUGUGCCCGUCUGCUCUGGGGCUUCCACUUCAUGCUGCCAGCAGUCUAGCUGCCAGCCGGCUUGCUGCACCACCUCCUGCUGCAGACCUUCCUCCUCCGUGUCCCUCCUCUGCCGCCCUGUGUGCAGGUCUGCCUGCUGCAUGCCCGUCUCCUCCUGCUGUGCCCCUGCCUCCUCCUGCCAGACCAGCUGCUGCUACCCAGCCUCCUGCGUGUCCCUCCUCUGCCGCCCCAUGUGCUCCCGCCCGGCCUGCUACAGCCUCUGCUCUGGCCAGAAGUCCAGCUGCUGACGGCGCUGAAUGUCAUCCAGAGUCCCUUCCCACCUGGGGCUGACCUCCCAGCGGUCCCAGCCAGCUCCUCCCUCUCUGGCAUUGACACCCUCAGAAUAUGGGGCAGGCUCUUU